AUGUCUUCCCCCAAAGUCAUUCUUGUCACUGGUUCCAACACCGGAAUUGGUUAUGAGCUUGUUCAUCUCUUGGCUGCCAAGGGUCAUACCGUCUACCUUGCGUCCCGGAAGCUUGAAUCGGGUCUUGACGCUGUGGCCAAAAUCAAGAAAGAGAAAAACUUGGAUGUGAAGUUCGUUCAGCUUGAUGUCACAGAUGUGUCCUCAAUAGAGGCCGCUGUUGCCUCAAUCAAAAAGAAUGAGGGUCGUCUUGAUGUUCUGGUAAAUAAUGCUGGUGUCGCUGAAAUGCACAUCUCUCAGAAUGCCCUCGAGCCCAGUCUCCCUGCUAUGCGCGCGACAAUGGAGACUAACCUCUUCGGACUGGUUCAAACCACCGCGGCCUUCCUUCCUCUCAUUAGAGCAUCCUCGACGUCGGAAAACCCAGCCGCCAUCGUCACAGUUAGCAGCGAUAUGGCCUCCAACACCCUUAUGGCAAGCGACAAAGGUUACAUGUACCAAGUUGUUGCCUACAACACCAGCAAGGCAGCAGCGAACAGCUACACCAUCGCUCUGGCAUACGAGUUGCGGGCGGAGGGUAUCAAAGUCAAUGCUGUCACUCCCGGUUUCACUACGACAAAGAUAAAUGGCUUCACUGCGGGUGGGGGCGACACCAGAGCAAGGCGCAAAGUAUAUUCUACCCUGGUGCUUGCUUGA